UCUGUGAGCUCCUUGGCCCACGCUGUCUGAGCUUGCCUGGGCUCCUGGCAGACUGUCCGUUUGUUUUCCCCACUGCUCUCCCUGAUCCUGUUUCGUUCCCGCUCUGUCAGAGCCCCAGAAGGAUGUGAAUUUUGGAAUGGGGUCUGUGAGCAGGCUGCGGGCCCAGUGCGUGUAUGAGACUGUUGCUGAAUAACAGGAGGACUGGCUAAUUGCUGCAGGCAGCCCUUUUCUCUGGCUGCAGGGCACCAGCCUUGCCUGGGCCCUUCACCAUGUUCCUCCUGCUACCAUUUGACAGCCUCGUUGUUAAUCUCUUGGGCAUUUCCAUAACUGUCCUCUUCACUCUGCUUCUGGUUUUCAUCAUUGUGCCAGCAAUUUUUGGAGUCUCCUUUGGCAUCCGCAAGGUAUAUAUGAAAACCUUAUUAAAGAUUUUUCAGUGGGCAACCCUGAGAAUAGAGCGUGGUGCCAAGGAGAAGAACCAUCCAUUAUACAAGCCCUAUGUCAAUGGUAUCAUUGCAAAGGAGCCAACAUCACUGGAAGAGGAGAUCAAGGAGAUCCGCCGGAGCGGCAGCGGCAAAGCCCUGGACACCCCUGAGUUUGAGCUCUCAGAUAUCUUCUAUUUCUGCCGCAAAGGCAUCGAGACCAUCAUGGAUGAUGAAGUGACCAAGAGGUUCUCAGCUGAAGAGCUGGAGUCCUGGAACCUGCUCAGCAGGACCAACUACAACUUUCAGUAUAUCAGCCUGCGCCUCACCGUGCUCUGGGGACUGGGUGUGCUCAUCCGCUACUGCUUCCUGCUGCCUCUCAGGAUAGCCCUGGCGUUUACCGGCAUCAGCUUGUUGGUGACUGGGACUACAGUGGUGGGAUAUUUGCCAAAUGGAAGGUGUAAGGAGUUCCUGAGCAAGCACGUCCACCUGAUGUGUUACCGGAUCUGUGUGCGUGCCCUCACCGCCAUCAUCACCUACCACGACCGAGAAAACAGACCCCGAAACGGAGGCAUCUGUGUGGCCAAUCACACAUCCCCCAUUGACGUGAUCAUCCUGGCCAGCGAUGGCUACUACGCGAUGGUGGGUCAGAUCCACGGAGGGCUCAUGGGUGUGAUACAGAGAGCCAUGGUGAAAGCUUGUCCCCACGUCUGGUUUGAACGCUCUGAGGUCAAAGAUCGUCACCUCGUUGCCAAAAGGCUCACAGAGCAUGUCCAGGACAAGAGCAAACUGCCGAUUCUUAUCUUUCCAGAAGGAACCUGCAUCAACAACACGUCUGUGAUGAUGUUCAAAAAGGGGAGCUUUGAAAUUGGAGCCACGGUUUACCCUGUAGCCAUCAAGUACGACCCGCAGUUUGGAGAUGCCUUUUGGAACAGCAGCAAGUAUGGCAUGGUAACCUACCUCCUCAGGAUGAUGACCAGCUGGGCCAUUGUCUGCAGUGUCUGGUACAUGCCCCCAGUGACCAGGCAGCCCGAAGAAGACGCCGUCCAGUUUGCCAAUCGAGUGAAGUCAGCCAUUGCCAGGCAGGGGGGUCUUGUGGAUCUGCUCUGGGAUGGAGGACUGAAGAGGGAGAAAGUGAAAGACACAUUCAAGGAGGAGCAACAGAAACUCUACAGCAAAAUGAUUGUAGGCAACCACGAAGACCGGAGCCGCUCAUGAGCCCUCUGCCUCCAGCACUGUUACUGGGCCUGGCCAGAGCCCUCUGCCUCCAGCAUGCAUCAGGGCUCAUCUGAGGCAGCUCCAAAUCUUUGGACUUGGGCUACACCAGAGCUGCUUGGACUUGCUUCCUCAUUCUCUGGCUGUUCAUUCCUGGAGGCACUAUUAUUGCACGGGGUCUUACGGCCCUGGGCAGCUCUUGGCAGAUGCCUUCUUGUUACUGUUACAGUGAAGUCCCUUGCAGGGGCAAUAUUAAAUGAAACACUUAUGGUAUC